AUGAAGUUUGCAAAGGAGCUUGACAGAGACGCUGUUCCUGAGUGGCGCAUCAAGUACCUCAACUACAAGGCUGGCAAGAAAUAUGUCAAGGCCGUCUCCAGAGCCGUGAACCGAAUACCCAAGGGAUUUCCGAACCGCACCCCCUCCUUUUUUCGGCCAAGCAACAUUGAAAGAACAUCGGUCCUACCAUCCUCAACUGCUGGACCAGCUCCGGCUUGGACACCUCAACAAAGCGAUGCGCCACCCCCUCCACAACCAGUUCCCAUUGCCGUCGCUGGAAAUGCCGGCGAGGACGAGGCGUUGAAUGACAAAACCAACAACCUUCAAUAUGGAAGCUUCGUACCUACUCCCCGAGCCUGCAGUCCACUGCAGCAUCGGCUGGAUGGUAGCAAGGACUUUGCGCUCCCGGAACCCGCUAUGGAGGCACCCGACUCUCAGGUGCUGAAGAGGCCCACGGAAGCCAUGCAACGGAACCGCAGCAAAUUGCCUCUACAACGGCGCGCAUCCAUUGCCGCAGAACCCGCGCCAACGGCCGACAAGGGAAACCGCUCUUCCACCUUACCAAGAAGGUCCACCGCUGCAUCAUUCAUGACGCUGUCUCCCUCUCCACUACGACGAAUAUUUUCCCAUGCUCACAGCCCAAUGCAUCAGGACAUGUCCAAGAUGGAUAGUAACUUGUCCGACUUUGGCUUGGUCCGGGAGAGGGAACGAGAAUUUUACGAAUUCCUAGAUUCAGAGCUGGACAAAGUGGAGACGUUUUAUAAGCUCAAGGAGGACCAAGCCGGGCAGAGACUGUCCGUCCUGAGGCAGCAGCUCCAUGAGAUGCGUAACCGGCGGAUGCAAGAAAUCUACAACAACCCCUACGAUCCUGGCAUGAACGGUAGGCACGACACCGACGCCGAAAUCCCAAAAGACAAUCAAAAUGGAUGGGUCCAGCCCAUCAGGGCCAGAAUGUUUCCGCCAGGGCCCAAUUCCAAAGCCCUGCAGACCAUGGCACCCACGCAAUACUUGCCAGCAGGCGCCUCUGCUGGCGACGCAGCGAGGGAUUAUAGUCGGAGACGGCAAAAAGAAGAGGUAUCGUACCGGACGGCAAAGCGCAAGUUGAAGUUGGCCCUUCAAGAAUUCUAUCGAGGACUUGAGCUUCUCAAAUCGUAUGCCCUGCUGAAUCGGACGGCGUUUCGCAAGUUGAACAAGAAGUUUGACAAGGCCGCCAAUGCUCGCCCUCCGCUCAGGUACAUGAACGAAAAGGUCAACAAGGCUUGGUUUGUCAGCAGCGACGUCCUUGAUGGGCACAUCAAGGCCGUGGAAGACUUGUAUGCACGAUAUUUCGAACGCGGCAACUACAAGCUUGCUGCCGGGAAACUUCGGAGCAUCACCAGCAGAUCCAAAAGCGAAUCUGGCAGCUCCUUCCUCAACGGCUUCCUCAUCGGCACCGGACUUCUUUUUUCAGUUCAAGGUCUGGUUCAUGGUGCGCGGCUCCUCUUUGACAAGGACCCUGUCAUUCGUCUCCAUACGAGCUUUCUUUUGCAGUUGUACGCCGGAUACUUUCUCAUGCUCCUCAUGUUUUCGCUCUUCUGCAUAAACUGCUUCAUAUGGUCCAAGAACAAGAUCAACUAUCCCUUCAUCUUUGAGUUUGACCAAAGAAGUUUGCUCGACUGGAGGCCGCUGGCCCAGUUUCCAAGCUUCUUCCUCUUGCUGUUGGGCCUCUUCAUGUGGAUGAACUUUAGCCGCUUGGGCGCGGACCGACUUUACCUUUUAUACCCUGUGUUCUUGAUUUGCGCUACUGUCGUGCUGAUAUUCCUCCCUGCGCCAGUCUUGUGGCACAAGAGCCGGAAAUGGUUCGUCUACGCGCAUUGGCGCCUGUUACUGGCCGGCCUUUAUCCGGUCGAGUUCCGUGACUUUUUCCUCGGCGACAUGUACUGCUCUUUGACAUAUUCCAUGGCGAAUAUCGAACUGUUCUCUUGCCUGUAUGCCAACGACUGGAUCGAUCCAGCGCAAUGCAAUUCCAGCCAUUCCCGAGUCAUGGGCUUUCUCUUGACCUUGCCCCCCAUUUGGCGUCUCCUUCAAUGUCUUCGGCGGUACAAGGACACACGCAACGUGUUCCCUCAUCUGAUCAAUGGCGGUAAAUACAUCAUGACCAUUGUUUCAUCCGCCAUGCUAUCUCGGUACCGCCUGUACGGUUCCCGAUCAAACCUUGUGCUGUACAUAGUAUUUUCCAUCAUCAACGCCACAUACGCCUCUGUCUGGGACAUCUUGAUGGACUUCUCCCUGCUUCAAACAGAAGCCCGCCACUGGGCUCUGCGGGACAUCCUGGCCCUCAAACGUCAAUGGCCGUACUACUUGAUCAUGGUCGUCGACCCCGUCCUGCGGUUUGCGUGGAUAUUCUACGCCAUCUUCACGCACAACACGCAGCACUCCACCGUGGUCUCCUUCUCGGUAUCGUUUGUGGAAGCCCUCCGUCGCGGCAUGUGGGCUCUCUUCCGCGUCGAGAACGAGCAUUGCGCCAACGUCUCCCAGUACAAGGCGUCUCGCGACGUGGCUCUCCCGUACCGGAUCGAGCCUCUGACGGAGCGCGCCAGCCUGGAGACCUCGCCGAUGCUGACGACCGAGGAGCAGAGCCACGGGGGAACCGCCCGGCCGUCAGGAAGCUCGACUGCCCUUGCCGGCCGCCGGCUCGGGACAUGGCGCCGCGGCAGGGACGCCCCUCGCGGGAGGUCAUUCUCCAAAGUGUUGGCGGAAGCCCACAAGCAGGAUUUCGUCAAGCGACGAAAGCCAGGGGCAGUGGAGCAGGCAGAAGAGGCCGAGGGACAGAGCGAUGAGGACGACGACGGCGACGACGACGACGACGACGAAGAAGAAGAAGAAGAAGAAGUCGCUAGCUUGCUGGAAGCCGGCAACGCUGGCGAGCUCGGGUGGAGGGCCCAAGACCAGCAGGCAUGA